AUGUUGCUGCCAAGUGUUUGGCUUUUGGCUGCUUUGUGCCUGGCGCAAGGUGAAAUAGUGUUGGCCAUUGUUGGCGGUCAGAAUGCAGCGGCAGGUGAAACGCCCUAUCAGGCAUCGCUGCAAACUUUGACGGGCAGUCAUUUGUGUGGCGGCGCUAUCAUAGCUGAGACUUGGAUAUUAACGGCUGCACACUGCGUUGCCGGCUGGCCAGAAGAUCGACUACAAGUAGCAGUAGGCAGUCUGCGCUAUACGGAGCCAGGCGCUGUGCAACAAGUGGCAGCUAUAUAUGUGCAUCCCUACUACGACCAGCCCAAAUAUCAAAAUGAUAUAGCGCUGCUGCAGCUGAAUCAAAGCAUUGUCUACAACGAACUGACGCAGGCAGUGCCGCUUGCUCAGGAGUCUUGGCCUGCGGGCAGCAAGGAUUUGAUUUUCAGCGGCUGGGGCAGACAAUCUGCAAGUGGCACGUAUCCAACAUUGCUGCAACUCAUGCAGCAGACACACAUAGACUUGCAGCAGUGCGCUGAGCGUUUGUCUGACUAUCCAGAUGUGCAGCUGGGCGUGAAUCAGCUUUGCGUCUUUCGAGAACUCAACAUUGGCGCUUGUCACGGCGAUACAGGCGGCCCUUUAGUUUAUCAGGGUAAGCUUGUGGGCAUACUCAACUUUUUGGUGCCCUGUGCACAGGGUGUGCCGGACAUAUUCAUGAAUGUGCGCUACUACAGAGAUUGGAUUAGACAAGUGCGCAGCGGCAACAACAAAUGUGCGCAAGUGCGGCAGCAAAUUAUUAACUAA